ACAUGUUUCAGCGGUUUACCGUGAAGCUUUUAGCAGUGAUUUUUAGUCCCUUGCUUGUUGCUGGAAAACAUUUUGUGAAAUGGGAUGGACAAUGUGGAGGCGAAAAACAACCAAGCCAAUGGUACCCUCGGCCAGUUGCAGUACACUUUGAGAACGCGUGCUACCCUUUCAAACCAGACGAUGGAUCGCUGGAUAAGGCUGUGUUUCCCGGACAAAGGGAUAUGUGUUGUACGUGUCCGGUGAAACCCGGCAUGCCGUCAGCCUAUCCAGAUCUCGAUUAUCUUUAUGAAAAGCCAGGUCCUGGUGGAGUUAUGCAAUCCGAACCAUCGGAGAGAAAAACUGGAAUCAAUGAAGCUAUACCACCACAAAACAAGCCAUCAAUUAGUUAUCAACAGUCAGUUGGAAAUGUCACAGCAGAAAAAUCUCUAGGAUCGACGAUUGAACCAGGAGCCCCGAACGAGUCCCAAGUCACGCCAACGUCUCCAGACAUCGGUCAUACUGGCAAUGGUUCUCCAGAAAUUGAUUAUGUUGGAGCUGAAACAUCGCCUGGUUCUGUAAAAUCGGAACAACCAGAAGCUUCAGGUUCGUCGACAGGACCUCCGAACGGAACCCAAAUCACGCCGACGACUUCAGACUUCGGUCACGCGGACAAAGGUUCUUCAGAAAUCGGUCAUCCUGGUGCUCAAACAUUGCCUGGUUCUGUAAAAUCAGGACAACCCGGAACCUUUGGCUCGACGAUAGAGCCAGGAGGUCCGAUCGGAACCCAAGUCACGCCGACGACUCCAGACUUCAGUCAUGCGAACAAGGGUUCUUCAGAAAUCGGUCAUCCUGGUGCUGAAACAUUGCCUGGUUCUGACAAACCAGGACAACCCGGAACCUUCGGUUCGACAAUAGAACCAGGAGGUCCGAACGGAACCCAACUUACGCCGACGACUCCAGACUUCGGUCAUGCGGACAAAGGUUCUUCAGAAAUCAGUCAUCCUGGUGCUGAAACAUUGCCUGGAUCGGUAAAAUCAGGACAACCCGGAACCUUUGGCUCGACGAUAGAGCCAGGAGGUCCGAUCGGAACCCAAGUCACGCCGACGACUCCAGACUUCGGUCAUGCGGACAAAGGUUCAUCAGAAAUCGUUCAUCCUGGUGCUGAAACAUUGCCUAGUUCUGUAAAAUCAGGACAACCCGGAACCUUUGGCUCGACGAUAGAGCCAGGAGGUCCGAACGGAACCCAAGUCACGCCGACGACUUCAGACUUCGGUCACGCGGACAAAGGUUCUUCAGAAAUCGGUCAUCCUGGUGCUCAAACAUUGCCUGGUUCUGUAAAAUCAAGUCAGCCCGGAACCUUUGGCUCGACGAUAGAACCAGCAGGUCCGAACGGAACCCAAGUCACGCCGACGACUCCAGACUUCGGUCAUGCGGACAAAGGUUCAUCAGAAAUCGUUCAUCCUGGUGCUGAAACAUUGCCUAGUUCUGUAAAAUCAGGACAACCCGGAACCUUUGGCUCGACGAUAGAACCAGGAGGUCCGAACGGAACACAAGUCACGCAGACGACUCCAGACUUUGGUCAUGCGGACAAAGGUUCUUCGGAAAUUGGUCAUCCUGGUGCUGAAACAUUGCCUGGAUCGGUAAAAUCAGGACAACCCGGAACCUUUGGCUCGACAAUAGAACCAGGAGGUCCGAACGGAACCCAACUUACGCCGACGACUCCAGACUUCGGUCAUGCGGACAAAGGUUCUUCGGAAAUCGGUCAUCCUGGUGCUGAAACAUUGCCUGGAUCGGUAAAAUCAGGACAACCCGGAACCUUUGGCUCGACGAUAGAGCCAGGAGGUCCGAACGGAACCCAAGUCACGCCGACGACUCCAGACUUCGGUCAUGCGGACAAAGGUUCAUCAGAAAUCAUUCAUCCUGAUGCUGAAACAUUGCCUAGUUCUGUAAAAUCAGGACAACCCGGAACCUUUGGCUCGACGAUAGAGCCAGGAGGUCCGAACGGAACCCAAGUCACGCCGACGACUUCAGACUUCGGUCACGCGGACAAAGGUUCUUCAGAAAUCGGUUAUCCUGGUGCUCAAACAUUGCCUGGUUCUGUAAAAUCAAGUCAGCCCGGAACCUUUGGCUCGACGAUAGAACCAGGAGGACGGAACGGAACCCAGCUUACGCCGACGACUCCAGACUUCGGUCAUGCGGACAAAGGUUCUUCAGAAAUCGGUUAUCCUGGUGCUCAAACAUUGCCUGAUUCUGUAAAAUCAAGUCAGCCCGGAACCUUUGGCUCGACGAUAGAACCAGCAGGUCCGAGCGGAACCCAACUUACGCCGACGACUCCAGAUUUCGGUCAUGCGGACAAAGGUUCAUCAGAAAUCGUUCAUCCUGGUGCUGAAACAUUGCCUAGUUCUGUAAAAUCAGGACAACCCGGAACCUUUGGCUCGACGAUAGAACCAGGAGGUCCGAACGGAACACAAGUCACGCAGACGACUCCAGACUUUGGUCAUGCGGACAAAGGUUCUUCGGAAAUUGGUCAUCCUGGUGCUGAAACAUUGCCUGGAUCGGUAAAAUCAGGACAACCUGGAACCUUUGGCUCGACGAUAGAGCCAGGAGGUCCGAACGGAACCCAACUUACGCCGACGACUCCAGACUUCGGUCAUGCGGACAAAGGUUCAUCAGAAAUCGUUCAUCCUGAUGCUGAAACAUUGCCUAGUUCUGUAAAAUCAGGACAACCCGGAACCUUUGGCUCGACGAUAGAGCCAGGAGGUCCGAACGGAACCCAAGUCGCGCCGACGACUCCAGACUUCAGUCAUGCAAACAAGGGUUCUUCGGAAAUUGGUCAUCCUGGUGCUGAAACAUUGCCUGGUUUUGACAAACCAGGACAACCCGGAACCUUUGGCUCGACGAUAGAGCCAGGAGGUCCGAUCGGAACCCAAGUCACGCCAACGACUCCAGACUUCGGUCAAGCGGACAAAGGUUCUUCGGAAAUCGGUCAUCCUGGUGUUGAAACAUUGCCUGAAUCGGUAAAAUCAGGACAACCCGGAACCUUCGGUUCGACAAUAGAACCAGGAGGUCCGAACGGAACCCAACUUACGCCGACGACUCCAGACUUCGGUCAUGCGGACAAAGGUUCUUCGGAAAUCGGUCAUCCUGGUGCUGAAACAUUGCCUGAUAGAUCAACUACUACAAACGACAAUCAAUUCUCCCAAUCCUCAGACACCGAAAAUAUCACCACUUCAACUCCAACCGUAAACAGUUUCAUUGGAUCAAGUCGAAAACCUUACUCAAACAGACGGAGAAAACCUCGUCCGCAAACUGGAAAAGGCGGCCGUCGCACCCCAGGAUCAAGGAGAAAACCAGGUUCGACCAAACCAUCGUCCGAUAUCGGAACCAAAAUCGAUGAGCUGGUCAACGAUAUCGAGACGAACAAGUGCGAGAGUUAGGGUGAGCGAUGAAUGGUGAAACUUGAUUACAGUUUAGCUUCACAUAGUUUAGUCUAGAAGCUAAGUAGUGUUGUAAUACAGUUAAGAUAGGAUUUAAAUAAACGUAUUGGUCUUUAUAAUUUGUGAUAUUUUUUUUCUAUCAGUAGUGCAUAAAUUAUAGAUUGGAAUAAUGAAGGAAGCAUGAAUA